AUGUUAUUAAUUUUCAGUGAACCAUUCUCACCACGCGGAAUUUUUUGUACCGAAAUGGCCAUAAUGUUAGCACGGCCACGUUAUCUUCCGUUACGUAUUAAUCAUGCAGCACAAACGGACCAAACAGAACCCCUGGAUUUAUCAAUAUCAAAAGUGAAAGAGGUGGGGAGUAAAUCGCAAAGCUUAUCAGUGGAGGGAGUGAGUGAUGAAGGAAUUAAACCGCUGUUACGGCUCGUUCCAAUCGAAACACUGAUGGAAGUAGUGGAACUAUCAAAGCAAAGAGAAUGCCUAAGAAAGAAACGGCUCUGUAAUGUAUGUCAGAAGGAAGUAGUAAAUAUGAAAGUACAUAUGAUAACUCAUACCGGUGAGAAGCCGUACAGUUGUUCGAUAUGCAAAAAGAAUUUCACUCAACUCGGGAAUAUGAAAAUGCAUAUGUUGACACAUACCGGUGAGAAGCCGUACAGUUGUCCGAUAUGCAAAAAAAAUUUUACUCAGUUUGUACAUAUGAAAGAACAUAUGAUGACUCAUGCCGGUGAGAAGCCGUACAGUUGUCCGAUAUGCGGAAAAUGUUCCUCACGAAAACAGGAUUUGCAGGCUCACAUGGUAACUCAUGACAUGAAUAGACCUGUCUACCACUGCACUGUAUGCAGUAAGGGUUUCAUGAAUAAAAAGAGCUUGAAAUCACACAUGCUCAAGCAUUAG